GCAUAUAUACAGGGUGUAACAGGACUUAUGAGACAAUCUUUAGGGGAUGGUAGGUCUCACCAAAAGAAUCAACGCAAGAUCACCCGGACAAUAUUUCACACAUAAUCUUCCUUUAGUAUUCCGUCUUUUGGAACUCAAUUCAAAACGUUUUUUCUUCGUCAAAAAGCGGCCAGAAUCUUGUGGGAAAAUUUCACGAACUACUUAGCUAUUAAAUUUUAGAGAUGCCAAAAGACAAUUUUUCGAUUCGCGAUUCGAAGUAUAUACUUCGGCCACCCACUCACACGUCACGUCGCGCGUCGCCCCGACGACGACGCGACGUUGCGCUCGUCGAUAAUCACGGCGCCAGCCACGAGCAACGCCAUACUUCUCACGUAGUAGACUACGACCAAGUUUUUGGGAAUCUCGACGACGAGAUCACUAUAACGGGGGUGUAAGGAGAACACGGAGCGGUGAGUCAGCGGCAAAUCGGUAACCGGCUUCGGGCUUUCCUCUCUCUUUCGCUACCUGUCUCUCCCUCUCUCUUUUCGCCCCAUUCGCGAGCUCUCUCUUUUCGUCCCGUUUCUUUUUUCCUCUCUCGCACCGUAUAAUCCCGUUGUGGUUAUUACUCCUCGCUCUCCGUCUCGUAUUUCUCAACGCUCUGACACUUUCAAACGAACCGGCCGCCGCUGAGCCGCCGUCGAAGUGACUCUUCAUUGCGCGCACAGUUCGCUCGGACGCGCAAAGUGCAUCGCCGAUUUCGUCCUCCACUCGUGUCCGCCACUUUCCGAUUACAGAAAGAAUUAGGAAUUCUUCCUCCCCCUUCGACUUACACACAAGCAAAGAACAUCUGUAUACGUUAUCGUUGACGCGUGUCUCCGGAAAGGGGAGCAAAAUGGCUGAGUACUGCGAAUAUAUGUGGUGCGAUCCCGCUCGUGGUCACAGCAGUUUGGCGCGUAGCAUUUACGAAGAGGGAGGCAGGUUCGAUAAACGUGAUAAGAAGUUGGCCAUUAAGACUGUCAGGUCUAUACUUCGACAAAUGCCGAAUGUAGACCUGGAGCAUUGCACGGAUGAGUAUAUCACGCGCUUCCUGCUAGCCCGGAAGUACCGCACCGAGCAGGCAGCGGCCCUGAUAGCCGCUUAUCAAGCACAAAUAACGCAUCGCCAGGAUAUCUUCGGUAAUCUCACCGCCCGAGACCCGGCGUUGCAACGCGCGCUUCGCGCAGGCAUACCGGGUGUCCUGCCUGCACGUGACAGGAAAGGCAGAUGCGUGCUGGUUAUUUUAGCGUCGCAAUGGGAUCCCAUAGCCGUGCCCGCAUUGUCCGUUCAACGAGCGAUCUUCUUAGUUCUGGAAAUACUUAUUCAAGAUCCUCGAAAUCAGCAAUCCGGUUUCGUCGCCGUGGUGGACUGGAGCGGAUUCUCGUUACGGCAGGGCGGCGCACUGGGGGCAGCGGCUCUGCGAAACCUAAUAGCUGCUCUACGUGGGCGAUUUCCUGCCCGAUUCAAGGCGAUACACUUCCUCUCGGCGCCGCUCUACGUCCAAGCGACUCUGGCCCUGGUGAAGCCGUUUUUGGACGAGAAAACGCGGAAUAAGAUUUAUCUACAUGGCAACAAUCUCAGCACGCUUCACGAACACCUGCCGACGGACAUCCUGCCGGCGGAGCUCGGUGGAACGGGGCCAGCCUUCAACCCGGGAUUGUGGGCCGAGCCGGUCAUCCACUCGGCGAUGAAGGAGGCCGAGCUCGCCGCCGCCAAAAAGGGAAAAGAGCGUCACAUCGACGCGCAAGAACCGGCCAACCUUCGAGACGGAUCGGAAACCGCAAACGGAAACCAUCAGAGGAGCGAUGGCCUGAACGUCUCGACGAACGCGGACAAAACAUCCUUGAACAACUCCGAUCACGAUUUCGCGAAGCACUCCUCGACCGGGAGGGCGACGCAGAUGGAUGUAGAGCUAAAUGUGAUGAAUAAGCGAUCGAACAAACAGAUGACGGGAGUUGCGACAAGAAACGGCGAGGACAGCGUUAAGGAACAAUUACAUGAACGAAUCAGUAACGGAAACGUAGACGAGACGCGUCAUCCCGAGGAUGGAACGGAUCAGUCCAGGGAUACAAGUGACUUGGCAUUCGUCGACGCGGACAUCAACUUGAACGAGUUCGAGAUCCUCAGCAGGUCAUGCAGCAAGGACAACUCGUUAGACAAUAGAUUGGAAGGGAAGGCUCUCAUCGCCACCAGUAACAAUGAAACGCCGUCGGAAGAAACGAAUCUCAUAACGUAAUGUCGAUCUCUGUAGAUCUAAGUACUUGUAAUGCUUGCUAGAAGGAUAGAAAUCUGUCUCUUCCUAUUGGAUUUUUUUUUAUAAGCGAUGCGAAUCUGUGGAUAAACGGCUCGAAUAGUCUCGGGAUAUCGUAAUUUUAUCGACAAUAGCAGAUUUCCUUGUAGACUAUUUCCUAAGUGUAAUUUAGUUCGGUGCUUUUUUGGUUGCGGAUUUCUACUUUCUUGGAAUGUAUAAAACUAGAAAGUGAAAUUUUUAUAUAUUGAUCCUAACACCAUUAGAAAUGAGUAUUAAAAGCACACUGAAAAGUCCUCGAAUAUUUUUAUCCUUAAACUGUACUUACAAAACGUGCAAAAAUAUUAUUAAAGCUUACAAGAAAAAGCAAGACUGUUUUUGUUUUGCGAUUCUAAUAUUAUAUAUGUUUAGCUUAAUUAUGACAAUUGUUGAAACUGGGUACCUGUUUUACAAAUUACAUAUAUGUAUAGGCAGCUCUUCCUAAACCGAUCUAAUUAGUAACAAAGAGGCUGCAAUAGAAAGAUAAGGGCUGUUCGUAGUAUUUCAUGAUCAUUCUUUACAUAUUUUAAUACAAGAAUCAGGUAUGUUUUAGAAUUUCUAACGGUUGAGUGGUCAAGUGCUUUUUUAAAUUAUAUAUAUAUAUAGUUAUGAGAGUUGAAGAAUGAAUGAGCAUGAGAGGUUUCAUGAAACACAUAAAUGUCAUAUGUAUUUACGGAUAGUGCAGUCUUAUCGAGAUAGUGUUUUUUCAUACCUAGUAGCAAAACAAAUACAUAUUUUCGAUACAAUCUAUAUUUUUUUAAACGACGUACAUAAACGCUUUAAAUAGUAUCUAUGUACUAAAUUACAUUUUUCUGAGCUUACAAAUUCGACUGUAUUUUAAACAUACUGAAAUUUGUUCUUCCAAUGACUAUUUAUUUCAUUAAUAAAUUCUUUUUUGCUUAUCUGAGUUUUAUAUAUACAUUAUAUUACAUUAUAUAUGUAGGGGAACGAGGGGUAGCCCCGGACAUUAUUGAAAUUCAAGUAUAGG